AUGGUAAAACUUAAAACUGUUUUAUAUUAUAUGACGGGUAACAAGUGUACAACUCUGUCUCAUAUUGUUUGACGAACAGUUGAAGUUUCAUUGAAAUCCAGACAGAGAGAAGCUUCCUUAACAACCCAACCUCUCAGUUCAAAGACUCCAAAUUUUUCUUCAACUUCCUUCCCUUCCCUGUAUUCGAGCAAUUCUUUAUAGGACCUCUCACUCGAAGCGCCAUAUUUUAUUGCGCAUCAGAAUUUCUUAGUACCCAAAUAAUCGCUUUCUGCUUCUGUUGGAUUCUUUGCUCUCGGCUUAAAAUCAGUCGGAAAAGCACUUUUCUUCAGUUUUGGAAUUGCUUUUGAACUUCAAGGGCGGUUUAAACUUUCGCCCACCAAAUGGUCUACGCUUUGACUUGCUGGUAGUGGUGGUUCCUGUCUUUUGGUCAAAAUACAGUUAGCAUUCGAGCAUGUCCAUGAUCUGCGUGUAGAACAGCUAAAUUUCGAUAAUUUCGACUUUUGGGCUUUGUUCCUGAAGCGGUUUGAACUUGUGGGUUGUUUUUUUUCUUUUGCUUUUUUUUUUUUUUAGCGAUUCUCUGUCUUGUGUUGUGAGGUUCUGGAUAUUGGGAGUGUUUUUGAAGGGUUUGAGGUUUUUUGUUUUAGUGGGGUUUUGUUUUUGUUUAUGUUUCUGACAUCCUGAAAUUCGAUUUUCGGUACAGUUAAUAAUUCGAUACUGGGAACUGAGUUGUAAGUUCUUGGAGUUGGGGUUAGUUGGUGGUUUCAGUUCAUGGUUUGUGUUCAGAUUCAUGCUGUAGUAAAUCUAGGAUUGUAGAUAUGAGGAGCCGAAAUUAAGGUUGCCGGAGUUGGGGUUUGGUCAGUUUCUGUUGUGCAUCCCCGUGCACUAGGGAAAAUGGGAAGCAAUGGGGUUGACCAUCCAUUGAAACAUUUGGAAGAGGAAGGCGGUAGCAGCCAAGGACAGAGUUCCUUUCAGCAGGAGAGGAAUCGGAAGACAAAUUCUUCACGGCCUUCUUCGGUUUUAGAGAUUUUUCAGGCAAAAGAGUUCAAUGUUGGUUCUUCACCUCAGACAAGCUUGGACCAUUCAAUCACGGCACCAAUUGGCACUCCCAAAGGUUUGCUGAUUGAGGAUCAUGAGAUUAGAUUCCCUAGAUCCAGGACGGAGAGGAAGGGAAGGCAUGACUUAAAGUUGGAUAGACUGUCAGAGCGUGAAAAGAGAAAACUAAUUGUUGAGAUGGUCAAGAUACAAAACGAUGGAACAGUAGAAGUUGAUUUGGAAAAAAGUGCACCUGUUGCCUCUGAGUUCUUAGAGCUCCACACUGUCGAAGAUGUGUCCAUCAAUCUUGAUGAUAUGCCUUCCAAUACCAUCAAGUCAAUUCCAAGGUUGAAAAUUUGCAUACUUGUGGUUGGAACAAGAGGAGAUGUACAGGCUUUCCUGGCUAUGGCAAAGAGAUUUCAGGAGUUUGGCCAUCAUGUUAGGUUGGCAACUCAUGCGAACUUUAGCUCUUUUGUGAAGUCGGCUGGUGUAGACUUCUAUCCAUUGGGUGGUGAUCCUCGCGUUUUGAUAGGAUAUAUGACCAAAAAUAAAGGUCUCAUUCCAUCCGGCCGAGAAGAAAUAUCAAUACAAAGAAAGCAACUGAAGGCAAUUAUUGAAUCUCUUCUUCCAGCAUGCACAGAACCAGAUAUAGAAACUGGUGUGCCCUUUAAGGCACAGGCAAUUAUUGCAAACCCUCCUGCUUAUGGACAUGCUCAUGUUGCGGAAGCUCUUGGAGUACCGCUUCAUAUUUUCUUCACAAUGCCAUGGACGCCUACUUAUAAAUUUCCUCACCCGCUGGCACGUGUACCUCAAAGUGCUGGUUAUUGGAUUUCAUACAUUAUUGUGGAUUUACUGAUAUGGUGGGGUAUUCGGGGAUAUAUAAAUGACUUCAGAAAAAAGAAGUUGAAGCUUUCUCCUAUUGCAUACUUCAGCACAUACCAUGGAUCAAUAUCUCAUUUGCCUACAGGCUAUAUGUGGAGUCCCCACGUUGUGCCAAAGCCAAGUGAUUGGGGAUCUCUUGUGGAUGUCGUUGGUUAUUGUUUCUUAAACCUUGGGUCGAAGUAUCAACCUCAAGAUGAGUUUGUUGAAUGGAUUCAGAAAGGGCCUAAACCUAUAUAUAUUGGCUUUGGAAGCAUGCCGCUCGAUGAUCCCAAGAAAACUACGAAUAUUAUAUUGGAGGCGUUGAAAGAUACAGGACAGAGAGGAAUAAUUGAUAGAGGUUGGGGAGACCUGGGUAAUUUUACAGAAGCAUCCGAUAAUGUUUUCCUCUUGGAGGACUGCCCUCAUGAUUGGCUAUUUCCUCAAUGUUCAGCAGUGGUUCAUCAUGGUGGUGCUGGGACUACAGCUACAGGAUUGAGAGCUGGGUGUCCAACAACCAUAGUGCCGUUCUUUGGCGAUCAGUUCUUCUGGGGUGAUAGGAUACAUGAGAAAGGCUUGGGGCCUGCACCAAUACCUAUUUCUCAGCUCAGUGUUGAGAGCCUUUCAAGUGCUAUUAGAUUCAUGCUGGAGCCAGAGGUAUUACUGCACCAAUACCUGUUUCUCGUUUUGAAAAUUAUUUGUUUAUCAUAUACAACAACCAAGCCUUAUCCCACUAAGUGGUGGAUGCCAUGCCUUAUCGAAGUAAUUCUACUAAUUCUUUUAAACUCAUGACAACUUAAUGUUGCUCUUCAUCCUUGGUAUUUCUUCCUUCUUAUUGAAUCAAACUCCUUGUAACCGUCUCUAUAGAUUUUAUUCACAGAGCAUUUACACGUGAAUGAGAGUGUGAGUGGUGUGUGUGUUUUAUUGGUCAAUAAUAGACAACCAAUGAACCCCAAAAGAUUAAACUGGUAAUUAAUGAGCUAACAAUGCAUUAGCUAACAAGUCAGAAUGUGUGAAGCCUUGUGAUCAUACUUUUAACAGUAUGACCAUACUUUUAACAGUAAUAGCAUUAGCUGAAACGUUACCAGGUUAGAUUAAAUCCGUUCCUUUCUUUCUUGUUUUCAUGUUUUUUUUUUCAAUUAGCAUUAUGAUGUUCACUUUGUUUAUUAAAAUCUGAUUGCACCAAAAGACAGCCUUCAGGAGUGCACAAACUACUGAAAGUAGGAAACUCUACUCAGAAUUUAGACCGUACCACAAAAAAGAUAAUGCAGACAGCAUGAGAACACACUGAGAAAAACCAGAAACCAAGCAAUCAUGGAACAAUGGACAGAAACAAAUCAAAUAUCACAAAUAAUUAACACAUGUCUUA